GACCAAUCAGAUUCAAGAAUUUAACAGCAGUUGUAUUAUGCAGCUAUAAUUACAUAAUAAAUGGAAUAACUUUGAUCAAGGUGACUGUAAGACUAUAGCAACAUUUAUUUUUUUGUUUGUUUGUUUGUUUGUUUGUUUGUUUGUUUACAGGCUAUGCUUUUCACAGGAAAUCCCCGGAUUCCACUCAGGGUGAGAGUCAGGGUGUUAGACACACUCCCGCGGGGUUUAAUCCCACCUGGCAACCACCGUCCUGUCGCUUGGAGUUUCUGGAGAGCGCUGAUUGGUGCUGACGAAGGUUAUAAUUUGCAUAAUGGGCGGGUCUUAUAGCGAGUUUAUCCGUCCUCGCGAUGAAGAUUAAAGUUCGUUGAUCCGAGCUGUUACUUUUUUUCUUUUUUUUUAAGGAAGUGGCCGGAAGUUGCUCGUUUUCCGCCUGCGUAUAAAGUGUAAAGUAAUUUCCCUGGACGUUAAAUAGAGGUAAAAGCCAUUCUGAAGAGGUUCUGUUAACUUUCUAGGGCUUGUCAUUAGUGCUGAAUGAGUUGCUGAGUGACACACUGAGGUGUUUAUCUUUUCUCCGGUGAUGGCGGAAGUGUUCGCCGGGCGCGCGCUCCUGAAUAAAGACGGAGAUCUUGUAGAUGCAGAAGAUUCACUCCGUAAUAAAGUAGUGGGUUUGUAUUUCUCCGCCGGAUGGUGCCCUCCGUGCCGCGACUUCACACCGGUGCUGUGUGACUUUUACACCGAGCUGGUGGAAGAGAGCGACCCUCCUGCUCAAUUCGAAAUCGUUUUUAUAUCCUCGGAUAAAUCCGCCGAGGACAUGGCGGAAUAUUAUCACGACCUGCACGGGGACUGGCUCGCGCUGCCUUGGACCGACCAGUACAAGCACGAGCUGAAGAAGAGGUACAACAUCACAGCCGUGCCCAAGCUGGUGAUCGUGAAGGAGAACGGGCAGGUGAUCACGGACAAAGGCAGGAAGCAGAUCCGAGACCAGGGCCUGGCCUGCUUCAGGAACUGGCUGGAAGUAGCCGAAAUCUUCCAGAACUUCAACUGCUAGUGAUUUGAGUCAGUUUUCUGGUGCAACGGAGCUAGUGAAGAAAUGCUGCAUCCCGCACUUUAACAGGGUCUGGACACUUUAUAACCACGCUUUAUACAUUAUUUUUAAAGGCUCUUGCUACUUUGAAGUUUAUUUUUACUGCAGUGUUUUUUUAAUGAGGAUCCGUUUUCCUCAGUUUUAGGAUAGUGGAUUAGUGUGUGUUGUUACACUGGUACUCAGGGACUGUUUUAUGUUUUGCAUUGUCAUGGUGCUUCAGAUUCCCCGGCGUUUCAUUAAAACACUGAUGUUUUCCUGA